UCAACUGCCAACUCAACAAUAUCUCUACCACUAUGUUAUGGCUCUAGAACUGGAGAUGCAUGUGGUGAAUGUAUUCCUAAUUACAGUGUAGUGUUUGGUUCUACUGAGUGCAAGGACUGCUCUAGUAUUUUUUGGCCAUUCACAAUUAUUCUCUAUAUAAUAGCUGGUCCUCUUCUUGUUUUGCUUCUGCAUACCCUCAAACUAACUCUAACAACUGGUACACUCAAUGGUAUUAUAUUCUAUGCACAAAUUGCUAAUAUUGGUAUUGUCCAUUACUUCAAUAUACCAUGCAUUGAAUGUGCCAAGGAAUUAGUAUAUCUUAUUAGACCUGCAAGUGUAUUCAUAUCAUGGCUAAACCUAAACCUUGGUUUUCCACUUUGUUUCUAUAAUGGAAUGACUGAGAUAUUGAAAGCUGGACUAAGCUUGCUAUUUCCUGUUUACCUUAUCCUUAUUGUUGGCCUCCUUAUUAUACUGAGCCGCUAUUCAGUUACAAUAUCGAAUCAUUUCUCUCGUUCGUCAAUUCAAGUACUUGUCACUAUUGUUCAUCUUUCAUUCACAAAACUUCUUCAGUCAGUUCUUGAUGUCUUCAGCUCAGCACAAUUUUACACAGAAGGUGUUGAUGUGCCCAAAACAAUAUGGUAUAACAAUGGAACCAUAGCAUACAGCAGUGAGAGUCAUAAAUGGUUAUUGGUAAUAACAUCAAUCGUAGCUGGAUUGAUUUUGAUACCAUAUUUUAUCAUAAUGUUGCUGGGGAACUUUUUAUUGAAAUUUGACAAGUUCAGGGAAUAUAUUCGUCCAUUUUAUGAAGCGAUUCAUGCUCCUUAUAGAAGAAACAAGUGGUAUUGGUUUGCACUGCAUCAACUCUUUGUUCUGCUUACUUAUGUGUCUCAAACUUUCAGUAAAGGACGAAUACCACUGUUCCUCUCUCUCCUUCUCAUUUAUCACAUUUUGUUUUAUCUUCAUACAAGAUCAACACCUUUUAGAUACAAGAUACUCAACUGGCUAAAUCUAAUGAUACUCCUUGCUCUUAAUAUUGUGUUUCUGGUUUCACAAUAUCUGUAUUUGACUAAUGGUUCUCCAAAACAACUUGUAAUGUUCUUUGCUAUUGCAAAUUAUCCUAUUAUUGCAGUAUUCAUGCUGAUCAUUGCUUAUCACAUCUUACUAGUUACUAAUAAAGUCAAUCAAGUGUUGCUGUUGUAUCAAAAUGUCAUGGAACGUUUUCCUGGUCUUAAACAGAAGAGGCAGUAUAAUCAAAGAAGGCGUCCAUAUUAUGUGUGCAGUGAUUCAGGGGAUUAUACUGAGGCCAGGGAACCACUCCUUGAACAAACUUUAAUUAACUAAUGCUUGAUCCAAUUUUAAUAAUUUUAAACUUCUUUUUUAUAAUAAAAUAAUUAUUAUAGAAAUACAUGGCUAAUCUAUGCUUUGAUUGAGCACAAAUUUUUGAGUCCCUUCUGUGUAUGGUUAUUGAAUCAUUUUAUUGAUUGUGACCACUCCUUUCUGGAAUAUUUAUACAUAUAAGUUUGUUUUGAUUGACUGCCUCUAUUUUGUAUACUAAUUGGGUAUGCUAAUAUCACUUGAUAAUCAUGUCAGACUAUUAGAUAAGGAAAAUGGAGAAUUGCUUAACACAUUAGCCUCCUCUCUCUCUCUGACUUCACCCCAUCGCACUUUUUGCAUUAUUUAGUUUUGUCUUUCUUCCUAUUUUACUGUCAAAGGUUCAAAGGUCAUUCCAAUACAGAGCAUACUCAUGAUGAUUAAGUGGGUCAGAGGAUGAAAAGAUUUACUUUUGGAAUUUACUAGAAGGAAAUGUAGUGCAGACAUUAAAGCAGAGUCCAUCUUCAUCUUGCAAUAUCAUCCUAAUGCAGCAUCUGAAGGACCAGUGAAGGUAUGAAAGAGACAAGAAGACAUGAAGGAAGAUGAGGAUGAAGAUGAUUAGGUUACACGUUAUCAGUCUUUUAUCAAUAAGGAGUGAUGAAUUGCUUCUUUUUCCAUGUUCUCAUUACUUUAUACAGCACUUUCAGUCACAGGGAGCACAUUCUUAGCCAACUGUUAAAAACUUAAUAUUAAUGAUUUUUAGAGAAAAGUACAUUCAUAUUGUACAUAAAUGCUGAACAAUAAGGAUUUUGCUCUUCACAGCUAACAUUUUUUCCUUAAUUGGUGAUGUUGAAACACUCUAUUCACAAUUGCAUGUGCUAGAUAGGGAUUUUGGACCCAUUGAUUUGUCAACAGUGAAAUGGUUUGCCAAAACUAUUGUCUCACCAGUUAAUUUUACUUUCAGUUUUUCUGUUACUGUUUAAGCAGUGGCUCUCACUUCAAGUUCGUUCAAUCUUUUUGAAAUACUACCUACAAACAUGUAUCGAUUCAUGCUCUUCCUUCUUGCUUUGCCUUUGGUUCCUGCUGCUGUCUUUGUUAACACUAGCCAUCAACUGGAAGGAAUUUUAUGUAAUGAAACUAAAAUAUUAACUGACAAUCUUUUUCUUCACCUUGACACCAGCAUUACUCACCAGAUCACGUCUAAUGGUGUUUUCUGUCCAAUUAAUAUGAAUCACUAUUCUCUCACUAUUACAAGUGACUCCAAUGAUUCAUUUGCUGUUAUUAGUUGUACACCUAGUGACAAGUACUGGACAAGAGGGUUUGCAUUCUAUAGCACCAAUGGAUCACUAACAAUGAGAGGACUCCAUUUCACUAACUGUGGUACUAAUCUCACUACAUUACAUAGUAACAUCAUUAAUUCUACCACUUCUUCCAUUUAUUUUACUAAGUAUCAUGCUGCUGUACUAGUAUUGACUGAUAUUGCUAGUAUUACUGUUAGCAAUGUCACUAUCAUGAAGUACAGUGGUUUUGCGAUAGUAGCAGUUAAUCUUCCUUAUGCUGUGUUUGAUUACCUUGAGGUCAGUUACUCACAACAAACCCAAUUUGGAAUUGGUAGUGGAUUAUUACUACUUUUUUUCAAUCGUAUUGCAAGAGAAACCACAAAUGAUCAAACUCAAUAUCAAGUAAAUCUUUCUAAUUCGAUUUUUCAUGAAAAUACCAUUCAAACACACCAUCAUCGUAUUCGUAAUCAUUGUGCUGGAAUGAUGUAUCGUAGGCUGUCAAAUAUGCCUGUUGUCAAUGCUGCAGCUGUUACAAUACUAUUCACACAAAAUGACACUGCUCCUGCUAUUGUCAGGAUUCUAAAUAACAGUUUUACUUUCAACAAUGAAUAUUAUGCUGGAGCAAUGUUGAUUCUUAGUUCCAAUUCAUCUAUUAAUUCAAAAACAAUAAUUGAUGGCUCUUAUUUUGAACACAAUUUUGUACAGUAUUCAUGUAAAGGAGGUGCAAUAUCUGCAUCAUUCUUUUUUGACAGAAGAAUGUUAACAAAGAGAUACAAUCCAUUAGUAAUUACCAAUUCAAACUUUAAAAGCAACGGAUUCGGUGAUGGUACAAUAUGGACUUCAGGAGCAAUAGCAGUAAUAGCAUUGAAGCAUAUUGAUGGCUCUGAACCAAAAGGUGUUGUUGCUAUCUUAUUUCACUAUCUUAAAUUUGAACAUAACACUUCUCCAAAAUCUGGAACAUGCUUGUAUGCUGUUUCAAAUACUUUUCCUAAUAAAAGUAGUAACUAUUUCACUAUUUUCUUUGACUCAAUAGUUGCUUACAGCAAUCCAAAUCUGACUGUGAAGGGGUUAUUUAGUAAUUUCAAUCCAGCGAGCAUAUUUCACUUUGAUAAUAUUAUUGAUGUUUUUAUUAAUGGAAGUGUGGCUAAGCCUGGCAACUUUUCACACAACUAUGGUGCUGUAUUUGAAUUGCUGAGAUCAUAUGCAGUGCUUGAAGGACAUCUCCUAUUUAAUGCAAAUAUUGCUAACCAUGGUGCAGGAUUUCUGCUCAUCGAAGAUAGUGUAAUUUUUCUCAAGAAAGGACUAAAAGCUCAUUUUACUAGUAACACAGUUCAGUCUCUUGGAGGAGCCAUUUAUUCAGUGAAUGAUCUUAAUAAAGAAGCAAAAUGUACAUUUCAGUUGUAUUUCAAUGAAGAUGAUAAAAACAUCAGUUUAACUUUCAGUAACAACACAGCUGCACUAGCAGGGAACUCUGUAUAUUCAACAAACCUCUUUGAUUGUUACAAUAAGGAUUCUGUAAAACUUCAUCAUGGUACAUUAGUCAAAAUGUACCAUGCAAUAUUUAAAAAUAUUUUUCCAAGUGACAUAGCUUCUAAUGCUAAAUCAAUGCACCGUUGUAUGAAUAAAGAUGACCUGCAUGAAAUUUACCCAGGGGGGUCAAUACAUAUACCAUUAAAUGUUGUUGAUCUGAAUGGUAGCUUGACAUAUGGAAUUUUAACAGUGAUUCCUGUAGAAAAGGUAAACUUUUUUAAGAAAUUAAACUGGUGGUUUUCAGACUAUCAAGGAUCAUUUAUUAUUAAAGGAAAAAAGAACUGCACAACAGUAAAUUUAACAAUACAUACAACUGAUGUUACAACACUGAAUAAUGAGUCUUUGCUUCUGCUUAGUAUUUCACAACAAAACACAAUUGUUGAAGUGAGAGUCAAACUGAAAAGUUGUCCUCUUGGUUUUAAAUUGAGUGCAACUGGAAGUUGUGUGUGCUCUGAUCUUGUAACAAAAUUUAAUCGACAAAUAACAUGUGACAUUGAAAAUAACACAUUUAUUAAACCUGGUGAUUUGAAUGUUUGGAUGGGCAAUUUAACCAAAAGGAAUAACUUUUCAAUUGCUUACUGUCAUCCUUCUUACUGUAACAUUGGGUCUGAGCUUGAUUUGAUACAACUUAACUCAAUGGGUUCAUAUCUUGGCUCAACCAACUCAACAAUAUCUCUACCACUGUGUUAUGGCUCUAGAGCUGGAGAUGCAUGUGGUGAAUGUAUUCCUAAAUACAGUGUAGUGUUUGGUUCUACUGAGUGCAAGGACUGCUCAAGUAGUUUUUGGCCAUUCACAAUUCUUCUCUAUAUAAUAGCUGGCCCUCUUCUUGUUUUGCUUCUGUACACCCUCAACCUAACUCUGACAACUGGUACACUCAAUGGUAUUAUAUUUUAUGCACAAAUUGCUAAUAUUGGUAUUGUGCAUUACUUAGAUAUACCAUGUAAUGAAUGUACCGAUAAAGUAAUGUAUCCUAUAAAAUUUGUAAGUGUAUUCAUAUCAUGGCUAAACCUAAACCUUGGCUUUCCACUUUGUUUCUAUAAUGGAAUGACUGAGAUAUUGAAAGCUGGAUUAAGCUUACUUUUCCCUGUUUAUCUACUCCUGAUUGUUGGCCUCCUUAUUAUACUGAGUCGCUAUUCAGUUAAAAUUUCAAAUCGUUUCUCUCAUUCAUCAAUUCAAGUUCUUGUCACUAUUGUUCAUCUUUCAUUCACUAAACUUCUUCAGUCGGUUCUUGAUGUCUUCAGUUCUGCAGAAAUUUUUAUAGAAGGUAUUGAUGUACCCAAAAUUGUAUGGUAUAACAAUGGAUUUAUAGAAUACAAUAGUGAGAGUCAUAGAUGGCUAAUGGUAGUAACAUCAAUUGUAGCUGGAUUGAUCCUGAUACCAUAUUUCAUCAUAAUGUUGCUGGGGAACUUUUUAUUAAAAUUUGACAAACUCAGGGAAUAUAUUCGUCCAUUUUAUGAAGCGAUUCAUGCUCCUUAUAGAAGAAACAAGUGGUAUUGGUUUGCAUUUUAUCAACUCUUUGUUCUGCUUACUUAUGUGUCUGAAACUUCCAGCAAAGGACGAGUACCAUUGUUCCUUUCUCUCCUUCUCAUUUAUCAUCUUUUGCUUUAUCUUCAAACAAAAUCAGCACCUUUCAGAUACAAGAUCCUAAAUUGGCUGAAUCUAAUGAUACUCCUUGCUCUUAAUUUUGUGUUUCUGGUUUCACAUUUCAUGUAUUUGACUGAUGUUUCUCCAAAGCAACUUGUGAUGUUCUUUGCUAUUGCAAAUUAUCCUAUUAUUGCAGUAUUCAUGAUGAUCAUUGCUUAUCACAUCUUACUAGUGACAAAUAAAGUCAAUCGAGUGUUGCUGUUGUAUCAAAAGGUUUAUCAAUUAAAGGAACGCUUUCCUGGUUUCAAAAAGAAGAAACAGUAUAAUCAAAGAAGACGUCCAUAUUAUGGGUGUAGUGAUUCAGGUGAUUAUACUGAGGCCAGGGAACCACUCCUUGAACAAACUUUAAUUAACUAAUGCUUGA